CGGGAGCUGCGAGAGGAGGCGGCGCUGUGCAUGCUGGGCUCAGAUCAUGGUGGGGCUUUGCAAUAGGAAGCGAGGCAGGAAGGACUUGAACUAGCGUGCGGCGGCGGCCAGCUCCGCACAAGACCUGGGUGCUGCGCGUGGCGUCUGCCCCUUUGCCUGGAAGGCUGGGACUGGGGCAAGGAGGAAGCAAAGUCCUGUGGGCAGAGGCGGGACGGGGCUGUGAGAGAGGCGGCACCGCCGCCGGCGGGGGGGGGGGGGGGGGCGCGCAAUUGGCACCGAUCUCUGUCUCUCCCCCCAGCCCCCACGACAGAUUCUCGCUUUUCGCUUCGCAGGAGGGGAGAGUCCCUUUGCGGAUCUGACUGGGGGGGUGGGGAAGGAAAGGGGGGAGGAGCAGCAGCAACAGCAGCAGCAGCAGGGAAAUCCCCCCUCCUUUUGCAAAGGGAGCCUCGGUUCUUGUUGUGUUUGUUUGGAGGCGGCAAAGGGGAAAGAAAGCAAAGGAGCAGAUCUCGCCGCCAGCACAUCCAGCAGCAGCAGCCGCCGCCGCCGCCUCCCCAUUGCUGGGAGAUGGUGGCAUAUGAAGCGCGCUGGAAGGACCAUGGUUGAGAGGAACAGCAAGUUCCUGCUGAUCGUGGCGGGCUCGGUGUGCUUCAUGCUCAUCCUGUACCAGUAUGUGGGGCCGGGACUGAGCCUGGGCUCGCCCAGCGGCCGCUCGUACCAGGACGAGCUCGACCUGUUCCCCACGCCGGAUCCGCACUACGUGAAGAAGUACUACUUCCCCGUGCGGGAGCUGGAGCGGCAGCUCGCCUUCGACAUGAAGGGCGACGACGUGAUCGUCUUCCUGCACAUCCAGAAGACGGGCGGCACCACCUUCGGCCGCCACCUGGUGCAGAACGUGCGCCUCGAGGUGCCCUGCGACUGCCGGCCGGGCCAGAAGAAGUGCACCUGCUACCGGCCCAACCGCCGGGAGACCUGGCUCUUCUCGCGCUUCUCCACCGGCUGGAGCUGCGGGCUGCACGCCGACUGGACCGAGCUCACCAACUGCGUGCCCGGCGUGCUGGACAAGCGGGAGAGCGCCGCUGCCAAAUCUCCCAGGAAAUUUUAUUAUAUCACUCUUCUGAGAGAUCCUGUAUCCCGUUACCUCAGUGAAUGGAGGCAUGUCCAACGAGGAGCUACCUGGAAAACCUCCUUGCACAUGUGUGACGGCCGGACGCCAACCCCUGAAGAGCUGCCAUCGUGCUAUGAGGGCACAGACUGGUCAGGCUGUACCCUUCAGGAGUUCAUGGAUUGCCCAUAUAACUUAGCCAACAACCGCCAGGUGAGGAUGCUGGCUGACUUGAGCUUGGUGGGCUGCUAUAACAUGUCCUUCAUACCGGAAAACAAGCGAGCACAGAUAUUGCUGGAGAGCGCCAAGAAGAAUCUUAGAGACAUGGCCUUUUUUGGCUUGACAGAGUUCCAGAGGAAAACACAGUACUUGUUUGAGAGAACUUUCAAUCUGAAAUUCAUCAGGCCGUUCAUGCAGUACAACAGCACAAGGGCAGGUGGAGUGGAGGUGGACAACAACACCAUCCGGAGGAUUGAAGAACUUAAUGACUUGGACAUGCAGCUCUACGACUAUGCAAAGGACCUCUUCCAACAACGAUACCAGUACAAGCGGCAGCUGGAGAGGAUGGAGCAGAGGAUAAAAAAUCGGGAAGAGAGGCUUCUUCACCGGUCUAAUGAGGCACUUCCCAAGGAAGAGACCGAAGAGCAAGGACGCUUGCCUACUGAGGACUACAUGAGCCAUAUUAUAGAGAAGUGGUAGAGAAUUUUAUACUGAAAACAGAAUAUUAGGGUUUCCAUAAUAAAAGAACAUGGAAUUAAAAAAAACUCUUAUUUAAAAACAGUCUGUAAAACAGAAGGUAGAAUGCUUGUUUAAACAAAGGGUCUUUUUACUGUUUCUUAUAAGACCAAUGGGGUUCUUAAUAAAAUAAAAUAAAAUAAAAAAAUUAAGAAUCAA